AUGCUUGCGCCACACCUCCCUGCCAUCCACUACCUGCUGGUCUCUGCCCACGACCUGCCUGCCCACUACCCUGCCUGCUCUGCCCCACUCACCACCUCCCUGCCCCACUACUGCCUGCUGCUGCCCCACCACUGCCUGCCCCACUACCUGGACCUUUGCCCACAUAAUCCUUGGCCUGCUCUGCCGCCACCAACAAACUUGCCUGCCCCACUGACCUGUCGUGCCCCACUACCUGCUGACCAUACCAUCCUGCCUCGCCCCUACCUACCUGUUGUCUUCACUACCUGCCUUCGCCUCCCACUACUGCUGCAUCCCUACCCUUACCCCUCGACCCAUUACCUUGCACUGCUCCACUACUUCUUGUCCUACAACCGGCCUGCACCCACUACCCUGCCUGCCCCACUACCGUCUUGUUCCUACUACCUGCCUGGCCCCACUACCUCCCUGACCCAUUAUCUGCCUGCCCACUACCUUCCUUUGUCCUACACCUCCAACCUCCUGCCAACUAUCUGCUCGCACCCACGGACUCCUUUGCCCCACUACCUGCUUGCCUCUGCCCCACCACCUUUGCCUCACCUACUGCCUGCUCUGCCCCACCACCUGCCUGCGCCCACUACCUGCCUGCUCUCCCACCACCUCCCUUGCCGACUACCUCUGCCUGCCCCCACUGCUUUUCCUUGUCCCCACUACCGCAGUGGCACCACUACCUCCACUGAACCCAUUGCCUUGACCUUGCCCCACUACCUUCCUUGUCCUGAUACCUGCUUGCACCCCACUACCUGCAUGCUUCCAC